UUCUCGAGCUUUCAACCUGCCUCGUCAUCAGAACACAUAAACUGAAGUACAGAACACACAAUAGCCGUCACACCGAAGCCUCAGCCUCGGUCAGUUUGCUCAGCCUUACCAAUACCCACAUCAUCACUCUCACUUCAAUCUCUCGGUUCACGAUCCAAGCCCAAUCCCGAACUCAGACCCAAACCCAGUCCCUUUCCCUCCCAUACACUAAACAAAACUUCCCUCCGGCCUUUGACUUCUCCCCACUACCGCCGCUGAAGGGUCACGUCACAGCUCCGGCACCCUAUCAUCUCUCCGGACGACCACUGGGGCUUAUGGACCACCCUCUUCGCCACCGGCGCUUUCGGCCUCUGGUCGGAGAAGACCGAGAUUGGUGGGAUGGUGAGUGCUGCUCUGUGAAUCGCCGGCGAUGUCCAUGGUAUCGAAGCUCUCCGGUUUACCCUGCUCAAGGCCGUCGUUGCCGGCAGAGUUGCAACGUUCAAGUUUCUCUUCCCGCCAAAACCUGAGUGUCGGUCUUUCACGCGCCACCGCCGGUGGCAGCUCAUUUCCGUUAAAGAACACAAGGCGGCAGACCUUUCUCUCUCCUCCGGCUCCGCCUAAACCCGACCGAUCGGUUACGGCGAAGUUCCAGCUCCAAACCCCUCUCAUUUCUCCACAUGAUCAAUGGGGCAACUGGACCGUACUCUUCGCCACCGGCACUUUCGGUAUCUGGUCGGAGAAGAACACCAACAUUGGGGGUGCAUUGAGUGGCGCGUUGGUAAGCACAUUGAUUGGACUUGCGGCGAGCAAUUUGGGAGUUAUUUCGUCGAAUGCACCAGCGUUAUCGAUUGUGUUGGAGUUUCUGCUCCCUCUGGCUGUGCCAUUGCUGUUGUACAGGGCGGACUUGCGCCGUGUGAUCAAAUCAACCGGGCCUCUGCUCUUGGCCUUCUUGCUAGGAUCAGUUGCGACGACAGUUGGAACAGUGGUGGCAUAUCUCUUGGUGCCGAUGCGAGCACUUGGGCCAGAUAGUUGGAAAAUAGCAGCUGCACUCAUGGGAAGACACAUCGGUGGAUGUAAUUUUUGCAGUUGGAUUCAUGUAGCUUUCAAUUACGUUGCCAUAGCCGAUGCUCUUGGGGUUUCUCCGUCAAUUUUAGCUGCUGGACUAGCCGCAGAUAAUGUCAUUAAUGCUGUAUACUUUUCAACAUUGUUUGCAUUGGCUUCAAGAGUACCUGCAGAGGCUCCAAUAUCUGAUACUGGCAUUGCAAUGGACGCAGAGUCCGACUCUGGAAACAAACUUCCUCUGGUACAAACUGCUACAGCCCUUGCCGUGUCCUUAGCCAUCUGCAAGAGUGGCUAUCAUCUCACAAAAUACUUUCGAAUUCAAGGAGGUAUCCUGCCAGCCGUAACAGCCAUUGUGGUUGUUCUUGCGACUGUAUUUCCAAAACAGUUUGCAUAUCUUGCACCAUCUGGUGAGGCUAUGGCCAUGAUCCUAAUGCAGGUAUUUUUCACGGUGGUGGGAGCGAGUGGGAGCAUUUGGAGUGUGAUCAACACUGCUCCUAGUAUCUUCCUCUUUGCUUUAGUCCAGAUUGCCGUCCAUCUUGCUAUGAUUCUUGGAUUAGGAAAGCUACUGGGAUUUGACCUCAAGUUGUUGCUUAUAGCAUCAAAUGCCAAUAUUGGAGGCCCAACAACAGCUUGUGGAAUGGCCACAACCAAAGAAUGGCAUUCUAUGAUUGUCCCUGGUAUUCUUGCAGGCAUCUUCGGCAUUUCCAUUGCAACUUUCCUCGGCAUUGGAUUUGGGGUUGCCGUUCUAAAAGCCAUGUAAUUUUCCCUCUGAAGAUUAGCAGAAAUGGUUCAAACCAAUAGCUUUUCUGUACCAAGAGUAGCAGAAGAUAGGUACAUAGAUUACCCAUUUGUACUAGUUUAGAACAUGGAUAAUUUGAAUGCAAGUCACCACCACACAUUUGAUGUCUGGCAUGAAAUUCCUCAUUUAUCGUCGUUGCAUUUUGAUUUUCAGCUAAUUCAAUACCGAAAGAUUAGUAACUUUUUAUACUACGUUGAACCA